CUGAAGGAUCUGGAGCUCACAAACUCAUUCACACACACACGUCUGGGAGGCGACUUGGCAUGCUGUUAGCCCAAAUAACUGAUGACAGUGGAGAAAAGAGCAUUUCUUAUGAAUGAGUGAGUCAGAAGUGACUCGGGCAAGCAUCGCUGGAUUGGUUGGAGCCCUAAAGCAGGACUGCUUGUCACUUCGCAUGUAGAUUCAAGUAGGGUGACUUGUUGCUGGGGUGCAUGAUUAGAAAUAGGGAUUGAGCUCACUUGUGUGUUUGUGCAAAGUAGAUUUCUGCACAAGGACGAAGAGCAAGAUCCAGUGGUCCCGUAAGGUGCUGAGCAUGUCUUUUGCGAUGGUGCGACCAACCCCAGGUCAUUUCUUAUGCUCCGAAAUCAGCAUGCACUCCGAGGAUGACGACAAUGGUAGCGAGGGUUCUGGAUCUGACGACAAGUCCUUCCGAAUGGCUGGCCACGGCUACGGCGCCUUUAAAUUGGGCGCUCGCAAAAGGUACGGCUGCCGACCGGUAGUGGCUCCCAGUGAACUCCGUCCUCAAAUCGGCGAGAUACGCCAGCGGAACGCCGCGAACGCCCGAGAACGGGAUCGCACCAACAGCGUGAACACGGCGUUCACCGCUUUGAGGACGCUGAUACCCACCGAACCAGCUGACAGGAAGCUGUCUAAAAUUGAGACACUGCGGUUGGCCUCCAGCUACAUCUCGCAUCUGGGGAACGUGCUGCUGGUUGGAGAGGAGUGUGGAGAUGGCCAGCCUUGUCUCAGGAGCUCGGGAGCCUUGUAUCAUCAUCUUCACAACCUCCCAAAGAGCUCGACACCCAGCCCGGACUCAGAAAACUCACAGCCCAGACAGAUCUGCACCUUCUGCCUUAGUAACCAGAGACGGCUGAACAAAGACAGAGAAAGAAAAACGGCGUUAAGAAGUUAAUGAUGAGGAGAAAAGAGAGUAAAAGAGCGUUCCCAUCACAUCCGUCUUAAAGAAGAGCGCCGGAGCGUACUGAACAUUUAGUGUAAAUUUGCUGUAAAUAAGCAGUGCAAGUUACAACGGCAUAAACUUCCUGGUGGACGGCAUCAUAACGAACAACUACACUGCCUUUCUGCAUUUUCAUAUUUAGAAGCCAAAAACUGUGUGAAUUUCAUCAUAACCUCUUUUUUGUUUUAUAUAGAGGUGAUAUACUUUAAUACAAAAAGAGAUAGGGAUGAAGACAUUUGACUAACAUCAGUGAAAGAAAAAAAGUAAAAGGUCCUUUUGGGUUUGAUGCAUGAUGCAUAUAUUUUAUAUGCACAACACUGAACUUCAGUCACAUGUCAAAAAAAUAGGCUUUUCUGCUAUCAGAACAUGUUUCUACAGUACGAGCGAACAUUAAUGUCAAGGAGUUGUUUUUUAAACUGUUAUAUUGUUAUUUUUAUUUAUUUAUGCCAAUUAAACAUUUAAAAACAUUGUUUAAACCAAAUUAUAUAUAUGUCAGGGUCGAAAAAUCUUGAGUUUUAGAUCUUAAAUGAAAUCUGACAGAUUGUGAGAGGUUUGUAAGAGUAACAGAGAGAGAGAUUGAAAGACGAGAGGGAAGGGAGUCAGUAGUAAGUCUGGUUCUGUAAGUUCAGUCUAGAUGAGAUCUGCAGGUAGACUGCUGUUGGCAGACAGUGUCCUCUACUUUACCUCUGACCACAAGUGCUCACGCACAUUCGAACAUACACACAGGCAGUCUGAGACUUGCGUAUUAGCACCCCUCCUUUCCAAAAGUCUAAUGUAAACGCUUGUCAUAGGUCAUCAGCAUCACCCAACCUAGGAUAGUGCCCUAUAGUGUCUUCCGAGUACAAUUAAUAAAUUACAAACAUGUUAUAACUAUUUUUCUACCUUUGGAGCUAUGGUGUGCCAACUUUUUAUUCCUUG